AAAAUGUCUCUCCAUGGAACUGGUCCCUGGUACCCAAAAGGUUGGCGACCUCUGCUUUAGUGGACUUGUGACAAAGCAAUGAAAUAUUGGGGCCAAAUUCAUGUUUUAAUGCAAAAGAUUCUUAAAAUGAAUAUAAAAUUGAAACUAGUAGUUUUCAUUUUAGAAUUAUUGGAUAAGGAGCGUGAAAAAAAAUGGGAACUUUGUUAUUGUAUAUGUUGACUACAUCUGAGAAUUCCAUAUGCACAAAAAUGAAAAAAAAAAUCAAUCCCCACAAUGUAAUGGAAAAAAAAUGAUGGACCUAGGAGAGAUGGCAAAAUCAACUGUUCUAGUCAGAGAAAAGAAUAUAUAAUGUUGUUUCCAUAUGGAAACUGUUUCUGGAUUUUCUUAAAAUUAUGUUCUGCUUAUUAGAUUAAUUUGCUGUUAUAUGGCUGUUAUUUACUAAAUAUGUCCAGACUACACCUGCAAAUUACUCCGGGAACUGACAAUAAGGGCGUUCCCAGCGCCGCUUUAAAGCUAAACGCAGAGUCCCCACCGCCCAGCCAUUUGUCGCCAGUGCCCUCAGCUCGCAGAAGAGGAAGGUGGGAGGCAGCCCCAUAACAGCCUGGUCCAGGGCGGGUCCUGGAAAAAACUAGAGCGGCAGCGAAGAGCGGGCGGUUCCAGCUCUCCUCAUGGGGCGCUACACGGGCAAGACGUGCCGGCUGAUCUUCAUGCUCGUACUGACAGCGAGCUUGUGCGUGGCCGAACUGGUGUCCGGCUACGCGGGCAACUCGAUCGCGCUGGUCUCCGACUCCUUCUCCAUGCUCUCCGACGUGCUCGCUCUGUGCGUGGGUCUCGUCACAGGACGGAUGUCUCACCAACGCCGACGCCGCCCCGGCGCCUCUUACGGCUCCGGGCGGGCCGAGGUGGUGGGCGCCCUCUGCAACGCCGUCUUCCUGACCGCCCUCUAUUUCACCAUGCUGGUGGAAGCAGUGCAGCGCCUGGUGAACCCGGAGUCCAUCAGCAACGCCACGCUCAUCCUCGUAGUAGGCGCGAUCGGCCUGGCCAUCAAUCUCGUGGGGCUCCUCGUCUUCCAGGACUGGGGCUCCUGCUGUGGCAGCCGCCGUCGAGGGUCGCCGCCACCGCCCUAUCUUAGCCCCGAGGACGAGAGCCCAACCCGAACCGUUACUAGCAGCUCAUUUGCCUCGGAGGGGAUGGUGAAAAUGAGCGGCAGCGCCGCUGAGCCGCGUCUGAAAGCAGGUGAUUCUGCAGAUACCCAGAAAAAGCCUGAAGAGGAUCAGAAACAGAAAAAAGAAAAAAAGUCUGACGCUUUGAACAUCAGAGGUGUUCUUUUGCAUGUGAUGGGAGACGCUCUUGGCUCAGUUAUUGUUGUGGUUGCUGCUUCGAUAUUCUAUAUACUUCCUCUGGAUGAGAACACACCUUGUAAUUGGCAGUGUUACAUUGAUCCGAGCCUGACCAUUGUUAUGGUCUUUAUUAUACUGUCUUCAGCCUUUCCACUUAUUAAGGAGACGGCAACCAUUUUGUUGCAAAUGGUCCCCAAAAACGUGAAUAUGCAAAUACUGGCAAACAAAUUACUGGAGGUGCCAGGCGUUAGCAGCAUUCAUGAGCUGCAUGUCUGGGAAUUUAUCAAGGGGAAGAAUAUUGCCACACUCCAUGUCAAAUGUCACUCUACUUCUGACUACUCCAUUGCUUCCUACAAAAUCAGGGAGGUGUUCCAUGAAGAAGGGAUCCAUUCGGUGACCAUCCAGCCAGAGUACCUAGACCAUAAUUGUCCUAAGGUCCUGUGCAGUACACCAUGUAUCUCCAGAUCAUGUGAUCCUCAGUUGUGCUGCAACCAGCAGGACGCUCUUCUUUCUCAGAUGAAUGGUUACAGUGAAACAAUUGGCAGCUUUUCUCCAUCACUGAAGAAGGUCUUCCAAAAAAAAGAUGCUGUAGAAAUUCCUGUUGAACCCAUAUGGGCUGAAGAUAAGGUCAAAAAGAACAGUUGUUCCAAGGACAGUUAUAAAGAAAACAGUGAAAACACACCACAUAUAAAUAACACUCAAUUUUAGACUUUGGGGUAAAUGUAUUCUAAAUUCUUUUGUCUCAAAAGAAAGUUGGGGAGCUUUCUUGUACAAAGCUUCCUUUGGUUGAAAAAGAAGUAGUUGUUGGUGAGUGUUUGCCAUGUUUCUGGGAGGCAGCAGUUGAAAGUUGAAUACCAAGUGUAUACGUAUUACGACUAGAACAGAUGCCAUUGGUUUCUUCUAAGAUCUAGUUGAAAUGGACAGCCAUUUUCCUAAUGUUGGGCAAAUAAGCAGUGCGAACUCUAUUUGCUACUCUGCCCUGCAAAGAAAAAAGGAUAAAGUAUUUAGUCAAUGAGUAAAAGUGUCUUCUGGUCAGAUAACUCUUCAAACCUUGUCUUAAUUGUUAGUGUGCGCAUCUCUCAGAUGCAAGUAGAAAUCUCAAGAAUGUUGAGAUUUCCUUCUGGUUUAAUGUAUUAAUUAGGAUGCAGAUUGCAAGCCGACUACUUUAUGAUUGUCCUGGCUUAUGGCAUAUCUUUAUUUUCCACUUAACUUUGUUCUUCUGUUUACUUGAGAUCGAUGAAAAGAAGAAAAGUCAGGAAAUAGGCUUCAUGGGUGUAGGGAGUAAAUGAGUUAAAUCAGCAAAAGGACCAAUUAACGCACCCUUUUGUAGUUCACAAAUGAAGAACUGUAUUCUUACUAAAAUAUGAAUGGAGAUAUUCAAAAUAUUUUAUUUUCCCCAGUUACUGUCUUUACAUUUUCCUCAUAUCCAAGUAAUUAUAAAAUGCUGGAAUAUUUUUUAGAAAACAUUUGAAAUAAUUUAUUGGAUUAUUUGCCAUGAGAGAUAAAGUGUGUGUUUUUCAAUGUGCACUUACGUCAUUUGUAUUGAAUUAGCAAAGAAGUAAAGGUGCAAGAAGUAAGGAUUUGCAUUUGCCUUAGGCAGGGUAGAACAUACCUCUGAGUUUGUUUUAAAAGAGUAAUCCUAUGACUACACUGAGCAGUUCAGAUACUAUUUUUCUGUCUCUUCUUUUGUAAUAUGGUGCUAUUGAAUGGAUUUUUUUAAAAAAAUUAUGGAACUUCCUUCAAGACAUUUUUUUUAGAAUUUUAGAUCUUUGACUUGCUGGCCUGAUUUAAACCUCAAUUCAAAUAAAUAUAGAUAAUUGUAAACCUUUUGAAUGCCUCCUUUACUGCUCUUGUAGCCAUAUAAGUGGCUGAGUGAGGCUGAAUGAUGAUUCUCCUUCUGCUAUCUUGAGGUUUUUUUUCAUGUUUUCCUUUCUUUAGAUUUUUGUUAUUAUUUAUGUCUGAUGUUUUUCAUAUUGUGAUAUGAAUUAUUGUGCUUGUAAGCUACCCAGAGCCACUUUUUGUGAGAUGGGUGGCUAUAUAAAUUUGCUAAAAAAAUAUAAUACAAAUAUAAAACUGCUAAAGAUAAAAUUGCUUGAAAUAUUUUACAUAAUUUUUGUAGAAAUUUCAGUAAGCAGCUCAAAUUCAGUUCGUAGAGUCUGGCUAUCAGGGGGUUUAGUCCUGAUGAAAAAGGUGGGGAUGGAAGAAAAGGUUAACUGUCUCCGCUGAAUAUAAUUCAUCCCUACCCAGUCAGUACACUGGUCUUCUAUCUUAUUACUAUGAGCAGCAAAAUGUAACCCUACUAAACAGAUUAUGGGUGUGAUAUCACAGCUACCUUUCUAUUUCGUGUUUCACUGAAUGUUAUUAAUUUCAUACUGGGCUUUUGUAGGUGGAGGAUUAGAAAUUUGGAUUCCAAAAAAAGUUCUGGGCAAGUUUUAAUGAAACUACUGGCAAUGAACCUUGGGUAUAACCUGUGAAAUUAACGCUGCUAUUUGAAAUUAAUACUGUUCCAGGAAAAUUUAAUGGAAAACAAAUGAUUGUAAUUGCUGCCUGUGUAUUUUUCUCUCAUUUUAAGUUAAUAUUUGUUGUAUUAUUUGCAUUUCUGUAGCAUAAACUGGGAUUACUAUAUGUUCAAUAGUAACAUUGUGUGUGUGUAUAUAUAUGUAUGUAUGCCAAUUUAUAUUGCUUUAAUAUAAAUAGAAAUUUUCUUCCUCUAAUUUCCCCCCCCCAAAAUGACAAUUACCAUUUAAAGAAAUACUUUUUAAAACUAUUGCAUGAAAUAUCUCCAAAUAGGCAACAAUGCUUUGCUGGGAUGGUAAUUGUUGUUUUUAAUUCCCAAAAUGUAUAUAAUAAAUAAAGAAGUAUUAAAUUGUUUUCAUAAAUACAGAUAAUGCUCUUUCUGUAUUUUAAAGAAAUAUGAAAUACAUUAGUUGUUUGGACUUUUUGAACUGUAAUUCUUAAUUAGAACAUUGAAGAUGAGGAUAAACAGGUCUUGUAGAAAUAUAAAAAUAAAGGGGCACAAUGAUAACCAAUUUCAAAUUCUGUAUCAGUGAAAAGGGCAUUGCAUUUACAAAUGCAUCAUAAUAAAAUACAAAGUUUUACUAUGAAUUCCCAUGUUUGAAUUUGAUCUAUGCCAGAUGAGACCAAAUGUAAAUGGUGUUUUGUAAUACUCUACUGUAUUACUGAAUCUUUACAAGUUAGGAAGACCCACUAAAACUUGCUCUUUCCAGAGAAACAUCUUUUAAUUCUUACUAUCGUUUUGAUCUGGCUUUUCUCAACCACUUUACUCUUUGAAUAAAUUUGGCUCCAGUGCAUCUUGUUUUGUGCCCAUUCCAUGGAUGCUGUUUUCUCAGUAUAAGUAGCACUUUAGAACUUAGCAAUUGUUUUCCUGUAAAAUUAUUACUCUACACAUCUGGCAUUUCAAUGAUUUUGUUGUGCUGAUUAGAUUUAUAAUUGUAUAAUUAUAAAUUUUAUUUAGGUAAGACUUGUCACAAGGUUUUUUGAUUUAUUUGUUGGCAAUACCCUGAUAUCAUUCAGCAAUUAAAUCUACUGACAUUUGGAUGAAUGCAUGGCUACAUUCCUCCACCAACUAAAUCAUGCAUAUUGUAUAACAAGUUUUUUCUCUUUGCUUUUUGGAGGAGUUCUUGAUGGCCUUGAUACAUCUAUGAUAUCAGGAGAGGUACAGGAUUUGAUUCUUAUCUGAAAUAAGAAGAUCAAAAACCUACAAAAAUCUUAACUAGAAUAUUACAAGGCAUCCUGUAAAUGUAAUCACUUUUAUGAAGUUUAGUACAUUUCAUUAUCAAAUUAUGGCUUUUGACUGUAAUAUUUAUGAACUGUAUAUUUAUGAUGAAGUAUCACCUUUGGAAUGCAUCAUCUUCACUAAAUGAAAGUUUAUGUUAUGACUUCCUCUGAAGUCACUUUUGCCUUCCAUCAGAACAGCACAGAAACCCUGUGAAACUGAAAUUUGUUUGGAAGUUUGAAACUUUAAUUCUGACAAUAAUUUCUAUGGGUUUUUAAGUACCGACCAUAAUAUGUACAAUUGUUCUUGUGUUUAUGCACUUUAUUUGUUGAAAAUGACAUAAAAGUGCAAUAUAUGACACUAAUGUUUUAAAAGUUUUAUAUAAAUGUUUUUAUGUGCACAAUUAGUUUUGCUAUCUAUUAAAUAUUUUUUAGAAAUA